AUGAACCUCGCCAUCGCAGACAUGACUGUGGCCACAUUUCCACUACCAAAAUAUGUUUUGGUGCACACUUUCACUCAUCCUGAUGGAGUUGCUGGAAAAGUGCUCUGCAGACUGCUGACUGGAGGAAAUGUUGCCUGGAUUAGAGGUGGUACAUCCGUUUUUACACUUGUUGCCGUGGCAACUGAACGCUACUGUGCUGCACUACAUCCCUUUGGAAAAAAGGGAAAUUUUGGUGCUCGUAGAGUAAAGGUAUGCUUAUCACUUUUGUUUCGAUUUGCGUGUACACCAUUUAAAGCGAAUUAACUCUUUCUUCCACAGGUAGCGUAAGUGGUUCAUUUACUUUGACUACAACUUACCUUUUGCGUCAUCAUAGCACAAGGCCUUGAUAACAAAGAGAAGGCUAACACUAUUUACAGAACGAUAUAAAGUUAGUUUUCAUAACAUUUAGAAGUUUCUCUUGGUAUCGUGCCUAGCAGAUAUACUCAAAGCCAAGAGGACGUCAUCAUUGUGUGCAACAGGUUCGACAUUAAAUUAAAAGCAACAUGCCUUAUACCAAUUUCUUCCUGCAAGAAAAGUUCUUUUUUUGGCCAUGCAGAAAUUUCUGUCCCGUCCUCAAUCCACACUGUAGCAGUUUUCAUUGAUCGCCAAGUCGAAUGGUGCCACUUAACGCAAACGCAAACUAUUCACGAUUCUUUAUUUUAUCAUUGUUAUUAUCUUGUUAUAAAUAGCUUCCGAUUUCACAGUGUAAGUUCUGUCUUGAUAAGCAAUGAAAGAUGCAUGCAUAAAAUCGAGAAAUCAUGCCUCUAAAAACCUCUACACAUUUUUCGCAUCCUUUAUAGAUGAGCCAAUCUGCCAAUCUGCUUGUUAAUGUGUUUCCAGUAAAAUCCUCCAUGAUUAGUUGUAUUAGAACUGGAACCACCUACGUGUAAAAAGCUCGGGGUAGGCCCGACCCCCAGGCCACGCAAAAUUUGCUAAUACCCCACCCCCAGGACUGACAAGGUGGGCAAAUGUUCCGCAGUGGCCCGGGGGAAGGGGCUGUCUGAUGCAUAAUCACACAAAAAAGAACUUGGCCAAUAUCCAACCAUUUUGACCUCACGCUUGGUCAAUAACGCACGUGUGUAGGUUUACGUCACUACGGUUAUUGCUGCGGAGCGACCGUAGGGAGCGAGCAGCAACAUAAUUAGGAUUUAAGGGGCGACGAAUUCUCGAAUUCGUCACUUUUUAUCACAAUGCAUUGCAUUUAACCAGAGUGCAUUGCGCCACGAACCACUCAAAUAAAACACGGGGAAGUUCGCAUCGUUUGCUGCCCAGACUCAAGAGUUUUCUUUGUAGCAAAUUUUCUACAGCACGGUUAGAGGUCUUACCAAAUUUAAGACACGCAGGAGUCUUUCAGAUGAAUACGAUGGUUAAAUAGGGGAUUGGAUUUCAAUUCAAGAGCCUUUGACUCGUCCAGGUGUUAAACCUGAUGAGAAGAUGAGCAUUUGCUCUUCGACUCCGCAACACGGGGGAUAGACAAAUUCCAGCUUGCUAGAAGGUGAUGUGAAAGUGAGAAAAUGUCAUGCCAUGCUAUUCUUCAGAACCUGUAUGAGCCGAAAAUGGAUGUGAUUUUGACCAUUCGCUUCAAAAUAACAGCGGAAAUCGAGAUAACAAAACAUAUGUUUUGUGUCCUACGUUGCAGACGAGGACGUGCAUCGGCGUUUUGAAAAGCAUAAUUAUGUUCUUUCAUUUAUUCAUUGCCAUGGAAUAUGCAUUUACAUUGUUCUUUUACUGUUAAUAGCUCGAUUGAUGCGGCUGGCUAUCAUCUUGCCGGCGGAAGUUUCAUGGAAAAGGCAUUAAAUAAAAGACUUUUCCCAGAAAUACGUGAACAGUUUCUGUAGUGUAGUGGUUAGGUGUAAUCGCGUCGAGCCGAUGGUGCAGGGUUCGAGUUCUACCAAAUUCUUUUUUUCCUUCUUUCUUUUUUUUCCGUCUUUUGUGUUGCUGUUUCCUAUAAAUAUAUAG